AUGCAAAAAUCCAAAAAAUGCCCGUUCUUCAUCCACUUCUUUACGCAAAGCAUCAUGGGCGUCUUUUUCCAGCAGCCAUUUACUGAAAGGGCCUACGCAGAGGUGAAGGAGAAAGAAUCUAGAGCCGCGCAGAAGAAGGCCACGAAACAACUGCCCUCCAAGCAAGACGAUGCUCCGACCUUCGCACCCAGCAGACAUGCAGUCUUAAAAGAGCCUGUGAUAGAUACGAACUUUCGUGUCGGUACGGAAGAGCCUACCUCUCAAGCCACAAACGUUGACCUUGCGAGCGAUAUGUUUUUCGGUAACCAGCCGCUGCUAGGCAGACUGUACAAAUCCGCCUCGGAACCGCUCGCUGCCAUGAUCCCGGAACUGCGCCCGUCCUCUGCUAGGCAUUCUCAGUUGGGCGCAGCACGCUCCCAUACCCAGUCAGAGAUACUUUCUGUGGCGAGCGUCAGCGAGGACGCUGUGCACGACACGGAAGGCUCAGCGAGAGAUAUCUCACCAGAACCACCGAGCGAAGAUCUCGGGUCUCAGGCACAGCACGAGGCUAUUGCCUCGGAGAAUGCACAAUACAGUAACCUGGAGCAGGAGUGGGAAGUAGAGGAAAUCAUUGGCGAAGAGACAAAAGCUGGAAAGCUGUAUUACAUGGUGAAAUGGGUGCCUAGUCUUGUUGUCGAAGAUGAUAUGCGGAAUGCAGCGGAGGUAGUUGGUGAAUGGCAAAAGAUGAAGAAAAAGGUCAAGUAUGGUGCCUUUAGCGCCUUGCAUCUGCUCAGUCGAUCGGCGCGGGCGAGAAAGUCACACGGCGAGAUUCACUUGGACGUAGCGCAACUGCGAGAUAAGCAGCAGAUACUCAUCGCGGACGGCGAUCUCCCCACACACGGCCAACUCCCUAGAACACGGGGAGUCUACGCCUGCCAUGAAGUCAACUCCACGCAGUAUGCAGAGACACCUCUUCUGGCAGCCUCGGUCAGCGAUAGCCUCUAUCACCGAGCACUGUUCCCCUUGACGGAUGUUGUCUGCAUCUUCACGGAAGACAUCGGCGGCAGCGACGUCGCAAUCCAGCAUCUGUCCGCUUGGAACUGUCAAGGCCCAUCAUCAAAAGCGGCCCGUUCUCUAGCCGUCAUUCUGGUCGUGGACCGAGGAAGCGAAGCCAACGUACGAGCGAAGCUACAUGCGGAGAAAUUGCAGCGACCACAUGGCUGGUUCCGUGUGACUCGCGUGGUGGGCAUCGACCGCGAGGCACACCAACGCAGCAGUAGACGACAGGCCAAGUCUUACCAAGCACUAUCAAGGGAGAUAUCCCAACUGCUUCACGCCAGCACGAGAGAACGGCGCCGCCAAAGCCUGUUGUUUUCCGCUCGGCACGUACUCGAGUUUUUGCGUCUCACUGCCGCCGGCGCAGCACAAGCAGACUGGACACCUCUGGAUUUGGUGAAGGCGUCAAGGUUGUCCAAUAAAGUGGAAGAGAACAUGGAAUCCCAUAUAUUCAACCUGGUUUCGCUUUUCCCGCACCAUGAUGAUGUGGUGGAUGUCGCUGCGCCGCUCAUAGCAUCCAGCUUCCUGCUCAAUCAUUAUGUACCAGGCAUGCACGAAUUCGACCCUACGGCUGUGUUCGACUCUCUUUAUCAGGAGUCCUGCGACAACGUCGCCAGGGCAAUUGCGGCGCACCGCAACGAGGCUGGUCUUCCUGUCAUGACCCACGACUUUCCGUCGCUCAUCGUCAAACACCUUUGUGUACUGUAUGACCAUCUCGAACAUCACGGCGGACCAAAGAGCCUCCAUAGGCUGCAACUGGCACAUGCUCAAAGAAGGAGCUGCCUACCCUCGUCGGAAGAUACCUGCUUCGCCUGCCUCCAGCGACGACCGCAGCACUGCUUGCCUUGCGGCCACUGGCUGUGCCACAUAUGUGUUCGAACCUUUUAUGAUGCCGAUCUGGACGACCCGUGGCUGUACAACGUCGACUGCUGCGUCAUUUGUGGGAUGGGAACAGAUGAGCGCCGCAUCCGCAUCAAGCCGGACACCGCCGACGUGCGCAUACUAAGCAUUGACGGUGGUGGGAUUCGAGGCAGGGGGCCGCUGGAAUCUCUUCGCGUCUUGGAAGAGAUGAUUGAUCUGCCAGUCUCCGUACCGCGGCAUUUCGACGUUGUCUUUGGCACUAGCUCUGGGGCCAUGACGGCAUGUGCCCUUUGCCUCAAUGGAUGGGAGGUAGACCGCUGCAUUGAAUAUUUCGAGCUGUCAUCGCGUCUGGCAUUUGACGCCAACCAUCUUUUCCGGGUCGUUGCUCCCCUGGUAGGCAAUGUGCCUAUCCUGUCCCCGUUGCUGCAAUUCCUCAGCUCUCUGCUGGUAGACAGCAAGUACUCAGCCGAGGGACUCGAGUCCAUCCAAAAAGACGCGUACGGCGAGAGUAGAAGCAUUGUGGACUCCAACGCCGCGAGUGAGAUGGGCAUCGCGCUCGGUGUGACUUUGACGACAACGGACGAUGCAAGCACCUGCAUUGCGACGAACUACAACGGUGUUGGUUGUCGUAACGAUGCAACUGGGACGUUCCAAGAUGGCGGGCUGGCCUUCAACAAUCCGGCAGCGAUCGCGCUGAACGAAGCCGCAUCCCUGUUUCCCCCGCUAACGGAACCGAGUAUCGUCGUGUCUCUGGGCACCGGCUCCAUAGGUGAAAAGCGCAACAGCGCGUCGCUUUGGGACAGUCUGUUCCCAGCACGGCUGUUUCGAGCCUUCUGGAGGCAAAGUGACUCCGCGGCUGCAUGGGACAAGCUUUUACGUCAUCAGAAGCUAGACAAAAGAGGAGACCUUUUCCGCUUUGAUAUUCGCUUCGGGGACGACCAGCCAGCCCUGGAUGAUGUGGGGAGCAUGCAGGAGGUGGCGGAGAUGGCACGCGAAAUCGCCCUAGCCUCGACGGAAAUGAGACGUCUCGCCAAGUGCUUUCGUGCGAACCUGUUUUUCCUGGAGCUAGACUCAGGAUUUCCCCUGAUCAUGCGUAAUGGCACAUAUUAUUGCACAGGCAUGCUGAAGUGCCGGUUACGAGCGGGUUCUGAGGAGCUGCGUGUUUUUCUCACCCAGCUGCUCAAUUCAUCCGCUGUCUUCAAGUGCCAAGGACAACAAGCUCCCAUCGUGGCGAGAGGUAGAGAUGGCAUCUUCGAUGCGACCCAUUUUGAGAAGGAGGUUGCGCUCGAGGUGCCUAGCCUUCAGCAAAUGUUUGCAAUCACGGUAGAGGAGGAUUCCACGUCGUCCAACAUCAGCGGGUCUCCAUUCACGUUGGCCCGACUGAAGAAGCAGCAGCAUCUCUAUGCACCGUUCGGGACUGCAUACCAUCGUCAACGCUACGCUGCGUGCAACGAGGAUGGCGGAGAGUCUUGUGGAUGA